AUGGAGGCAUUGCGCAAACAGCUCGGCGAGGCCGAGGGCCACCUGCAGGACCGCGACAAGAAGUACCGCGAGCUCAAUGCCAACUUCAAGGCGAGCACGCGCGAGUGGGCGGACAGGGUGACUGAGCUGGAGGCUGCGGUCAAGGAGCUGCAAGGCAAGAAUCAGGAGCUGAAGAGCCGGAAUAUCCAGCUCGAGCGACGAGAUCAGGAGUACGAGGCCAGACUCCGGCAAGCUCGGCAGCAGCAACCGCUGGAGACGCAGAACGGAAAACAGCCGCCGGAACAACAAACGCCUCCUCCUGGCGGCCUGAUCAUCACGCCAGAGAACAAGAGGUAUAUGGAGGAGAAGUAUCAAAAGGUCAAGGACAGGCUUGCCGAGGCGGAGAAGAAGGCCGAGAGGUUGGAAAGGCAGCUCUACUUUUACCGACAGAAGAAAAAGCCAGCACAAGACGCACUAGGCAAAAGUCAGCAACAAGGCGACGCAGAGACAGUCGUCAACGAGAAGGGCACGACCCCCGAGAACGAAGGGGAUCUUGCACCAGUAUCAGACGCCGACAUGGUGGCCCAAAACGCGCUCAUAGUCACGAAAGAGGACGUCCGGCACUACUACGACCUCGUGCGCGAGUGCAUCGGCAACCUCACCAGGGAAUACUUCAACGAGCCGCUGGAUUCAAAAGCCCUGGACAGUGGAAGCGCGGUGCCGGCCCAACACGCCGCGAUCCUCCAGAAGCUGACUCCCAGCUGGAAGAGCUUCCUCACCGACCAGGGUUACACGAGCUACAUCUUCCGAGCGCUGAUAUGGCGGUACCUUGACGAGUUCAUGUUCAAGAAGCCCGAGAGCGUCUGGGGUGCCGACAUUCCACAGGCCCUAGCGCUGCUCACGAGCAAGAUGGCAUUAUCCGCGAGGCCGGGCACCAACAGGGACGAGUUCAAGCGCUGGCGGGCACAAACGGUGGACCUCUUGCGCGGCAACAGGAGCAUGUGCAAAUUCGACGACGCGGUGAUGAGUCAUCUCACGCAGACAAUUAUGGGCUCGAUAGAGUGGUACUUGACCAACAAACCACGAAAUCACUCGCGCGUGACCACCCAGGUGAGCGAGAUUGUUGCGCUAGGCGCGGAGCUGAGCGCCCUGGUCGCCCGCUCGCACUUUGCGGUCAUGAUGUCGCCGCGUCCCGGCAGCGACCUGAUCCACGGCUUCCAGCCGUCAUACGAGACCAUGGAGUUGCGGCACCAUCAGCUGCGUGGGGCAGGACCUGGCGAGGGGGGCGUGGUUGAUCUUAUGGUCACCCCGUGCUUGAUUUCGACAGACGGCGAGGAUUACAUCGUGCUGGAAAAGGCCGAGGUCAUGAUGUGA